AGGAGACGAACAAAUUACGGAUGAUCUAUUUUUUUUCAAGUGUCUAUCAAUCGGAUAUGACUGUUGUAACAGGUUCAAUAUUACUCGAAAAUUCAGUUUGUGACAUUAGUAACCCGUGAUCGACAAUUUCUUUGAUUGAAAAAUUUGACCGACAGAUGAAAACAUAUGGCCCAUUAUUUUAAAUUGCUGUGUUAAACAUUGUAAUCCACUAGUGCUUUGAUGUGCGAACACGGGAUCUCUGUUUUUCGUAAAUAAUGAGCACUUAUAGUACUUCAUGGCAAUUAAUUAACAUUGGAAAAAUGGUCAGCUGGCCGGCAGUGAUUUCUCAUCUUCACAUGCGUGCCACUGUAUUAGGCAGCUUGAUUCGACGAUCUGUUUUCAAUAGCUUUUUCAAGACAAUGUCUUCAUCGUGUUCACCGCCGCUGAUUGUAGUGCUUGGUUCAACAGGAGUCGGAAAGUCCCAGUUAGCUGUAGAGAUAGCAAAGAAAUUUAAUGGCGAAGUGAUUAGUGCUGAUUCUAUGCAGGUAUAUAAAGGGUUGGACAUUAUUACAAACAAAAUUUCGCCCGAGGAGAUGUGCGGUGUGCCCCAUCACAUGCUGGGUUUUCUUGAUCCUCUCAAGGAGUUCACAGUAGUGGACUUCCGAAACCGAAGUCUACCAAUAUUGGAACAAUUACGUUCGAUCGGUAAAAUGGCAGUCAUUGUGGGUGGUACUAAUUACUAUAUUGAAUCCUUGAUCUGGGAAACUCUGGUAACCUCGUAUAGCAGUAGCGCCGAAAAUAUGAAUAGACUUAUAGCUGAAGCGCCGAAAUCGUGUUAUCCCGAUGAGAGUACGACGAGUCUUUACAUCCGAUUACAAAAUAUUGAUCCAGAGCGGGCCCGCACGAUUCAUCCGAACGAUCGAAGAAAGAUUGAACGAAGCCUACAAGUAUUCAACGAUACGAAAAUACCCCAAAGCCACAUUUUUUGUGACCAGCGGCAGCGGGGUGGCGUUUUAGGUGGACCAUUACGUUUCAAAUAUGCGAUCAUUUUUUGGAUUCAGUGCCAACAGGAAGUUUUAGAAGCCCGCCUAGAUGCUCGGGUUAAUCAAAUGAUAGAACAAGGUCUCAUCGACGAAUUGCUCAACUUCCAUGCUGAUUACAAUUCCCGGCGUAAAGAAAGCUGCGACUACACUCAAGGCAUUUUCCAAUCAAUCGGAUUCAAAGAAUUUCAUUCAUAUAUUACAUCUUCGGCUGAAGAUCGGAACUCAAAAGAGGGAAAGAAGGCAUUUGAGCACAGUCUUUGGUUGAUGAAGCAAGUGACAAAGCGAUACUCAAGGUAUCAAAAAAAAUGGAUUAACAAACGAUUUUUAGGAGAGCCCGAUCGUGAGGUUCCUCCAAUAUAUGGUUUGGAUGGAACCGAUCUAAAAGCUUGGAAUUACAACGUACGGGACACUGCCAUAGAGAUCAUAGAGAACAUCCUGGCAGGCAAACAACCAAACACGCAACCCUUGCAAAAGACUGACAUUGUGAGAAGCCGAGAAGGAAUAUUUACAUGCGAGAUGUGCAGCGUAACGUCAGUCGGAGAGAUUAACCAUAAUGCUCAUAUGAAAUCCAAGAAACACUAUUUUCGUCUAAGAAGAAUGAAGAAAACUGCUGAAGAAAAAAAUCAAGAAAAGACUCUUGCAGACGAACCCCACGAAGGUAAAUUUGGCGCAAAAGACGCUUCUGUGGAGGAGCCACAUACGAAAGGCGUUUCUGCAGAGCAGACACACACAGAGAAACCACCCAACAAACUUCGAAAAGUUGAAGGGAUGGCAUAAUUAUGGCAGAACAUAAACGGCACUGCGCCAGAGCUUCUUGCUUAUUUAGCUUAAAUCUUGGAGACCAUUUCAAGUGUGAGAUUCGACUAUGUUCGUUUAAAUAGCGUAGGCUAUAGCGCCUAAUGUACGGCAUUGUUAUCCAAAACCGCUUUUUAUUGUUACGAAAUUUUCUUCUUGUCGAUUUUUUGUUGUUAUCAAUUUCAAGUGACAUUAUUAAAUAAACCAGCUUGUAGUUCACAUAAGUACACUGUUUUCAUUUUACCAAUAUAUAUGUAGAUUCUUUCAGUAUGGAAACGUUAUUUUGCUACUGCGGAAUCAAGCAGACCCAUCCUCCAAAGUCAUAUUGUAUUUGUCUACGUAAUUUAAUUUUGGUAUAUAAGCGUUGACUAUUUUAUUUGUAAAACAAGCUCGUUUUUAACUGACCGAUUUCAUGUUCGUUCAAUCAAUUAAGUCUCUGCUACGGCAAACAAAAACAUUCUAUGCAAGCAAUACAAAUAAGUAAGCUGUCAGAUGUCAAAAACUUACAUUAGAUGCAGUUUAGAGGUUUAACUGAUAAUCUAAUUCGGGCUUAUAAAUACGCGGGCCCAUGAAAUAAAAUAAUUAUUUAAAAUAUACAAGACAUUCUCAUGCGGUUAUCCGUAGUUCUUAGUUCAUAAUAAUGUUACUGAAAGAUAUCUGUCGCCUAUGUCUAUUAAGGUAUCUACUGAAUAAAAGUUUAUCUAAAUUGCUCUCCCUUGUUCUGCUUGAUUUUUUUUUAAUGGCAUUUCUUACCUAAAUCAUUUCUAUACAAAUAAAUAGUUGAAAUUAAAUUAUUCUUUACCAGUAAGAUUAAUUAACUACUUUGCUAAUCAAUUUCAUAUAAGCACUACCAUUCAAAUACGUAUACUAUGCAUUCAGCAAACUUGCAACUCCUUUGUGCAGAUGCCUUGUAUUAUACCAAAGGUUUAACCUUUGUUGAGCCUAGAGCGAAAUAUGCUAUUAUAAGUACUCAAAUUAAGAAAACUCUUUUAAAGCUUUACAAACAUCUGUUUACAAUAUUAGAAUCGCUUCGUACACCAUAAAUAGAAUCAAUUGCCAUUUCAGUUAGCUGCUAUACUCAGAAUGUUCGUAAAAGUAGAAGAAAUAAGUGAUAAAUUCCGAGAAAGUCCACAACAUCCCGUUAGUUUUUUUAUGUUUUAUGACAGGGCAUAUUUUGCAUACUAUGUAAGCUAUAUUUCGAUAAGGCUGACAUAACCAUUUAGAAUUUAGUUUGAUCCUAUAGUUUAACUUGAGACGUUUAAUGUUUUUCGGAUGCGCUAAACAGGCUUCAUUGCCUUGUUGGAUUUUACUGCUGGUAACGGCUGUACUGAGCUGCAACUACGAGUAAUAAUAAAAAUGAGCGUUGACAAUCGGCAUACGAUUCAAUACUUUAAACCGAGCUUCAGUCGAGAGCAUACUUCAAUGUCCGCUACUUCAAAAGCUAAUAGUGCUAAUGCUCACUUCUUCGUUCAAUUUAUCAUUUCGUUUUUCUGCACAUUCGUGCUAAAAAAUCUGUAUUCAGGAAGCCUUUUUAAUCUGGCUGCACUAUAUUUCUUAUAUUGAUUUUUGGGUAACGUGCUUGCCUGUCAAGCUGGUAAUAGUUUAAGCUCGAAUCAAUACGUAAACGCACUUCGUUUCGUCCUGGCAGAAGUCAACUGCACGAAAGAAUAGCUAACAAUUCAAGUACCAGGCGUAAAACUCGUAAAAUUAUAUAGUUCGUCAAGUGCAUAUCCAUUUUUAGACGGCUUUAUCAAAUUCAUUAUAAAAACCUGAAAACCAAGAAAGAAAUUUAAAAACUAUAUAUUUUUAAUUGAAAAAUGUCUCUUAUGAACAGGGGGUGUGAGAUUGAUACAACUUCUUUAAUCUUUUCUACCUAUACGGCACCUAAUUGCUCUUGUCUCAGCUCGGUUGUGUCGCUGGAUAGCUAAUAUUUGUGACAAUUGUGCUGUGUGGCUAUAAAUUGUGUUUGGUUUUCGUUUAGCUUUAUCUCAGGUAGAUCUAAAUCAGUGAAUAAUGAGAUUAGUUCAUACAGGUAUUUAUCUACCACUGGAACUGCAUCUGAUCAGAAAAAUCGGUUUCAACGUUAAACAGCCUUUGUUAGGGAGUUAACAACUGUUCAAUAAAUCCCGUUUAAUAAUUUAAAAGUCGAACUUUUAGGCCUGUGGUUAGUAAUCUUGUAAUUUGCGUCGAUAUGUCAUACAUAUGCAUAUAUUUUGCUUUAUUAUUACACAAUAAAAAUGAUUUGGACAACUCGCUCAUGCGCUUCCGUGGGUAAAGGAAGGAUGUUUUGUCACUGCAGUCGUUCAUUACAUUGACGCUACUCUCAAUGACGUGCGAGGGAUUAGCUUGAAUAUUAAAUAUACUGAAGUAGCACACGCUGUCCUUAAAGGGCUGCGUCCAUCGCUUGUUGUCAGUUAAUUAAUCUUAUGUUUAUUUGUGAAUAGCAUCUAAUGCCGCACAAUAGUACAUCGGCGCACUGUAUCGCAUUAAACAAUGCUAUCGAUGUACAAUGGCCCGACCGGCCCUUGCAUCCACCAUUGUUUGGGUGGAACGCACCACUUUUUUCAUAUGUCUAAUGUCGUAUGUUGAUUCCACUUUGUUCCACAUAAAAAACGACAGAUUCAGCUAUAUAUAAUAAAUAACGACCACAAAAUAAUUAAUCUCUUCGGUGUUCAGACUUCCCGAAGGCCAACCAGCCUGCCAGCUGCCUACCCCGGCUUUGACUCUCGUUCUAUUUGAUUUUAUCCUAUCGCAUCCCGCAACGUUGGCUCUUAUGAAGCACUCUAAAUCCAAAAAGAUAUUAUCUAGUCUCAGCUAGCGUAUGGGUAAGUUGUACAAUGCGUACCCGCACACACAUUUCAACAGCCUUUGUUCCGGCUGAUAUCGACAAUAGAGGCUAUUGUUUGAAUGCUAUUCACGUUAGCCCAUGAAGUUCCUGUUCUACGUACGCGCGAAUUUGUUGCUGCUCUUGCAACAACCAGUCAGUAAAAUCGAAGCAUUAUCUAUUUAUCAUCAUAAACAUAGUAGGCUGGUGCAGUAUUAGCGUCGUCGUUAGCGGCAACGUGCCGAUAAUACUAUCAGAUGCCUAUCAU